CUGGCCAGCGGUUCAUUUUCGUUGAGUACCAACCAAAAUGGCUUCCAGUUCCGGUUCUAAUGCAACARCCAAGAGCAUAUCGUGUAUUUUAAGCUUAGUUUUUAUAUUUUCCCUGUCUUCUUUGUAUUUAUACGUACUUUCAAGAUGGCUUCCUGAUCCAAAUUAUAAUGAACGAUYGUCAGAGAAUAUUACCAAUCAAACAAGGUUUGUACAUGUAGGACUUUGUACCACGUCGUAUUUUGCACGSUGGCAUGCUAGAAUGUUUGGUAAAGUYCUUUUGUUGCAGUAUUUUCCUGAUAAAGUAGCUUUCCUUCAAGAUAAGGUCCAUGAGAACCUGGACAGGUUAUUUUUCUUUCUGCUGUUUCUAAGGUUGUUCCCUAUGUCUCCAAAUUGGUUUCUAAAUAUGGCAUCGCCAGUCUUGGAUAUCCCUAUAUUGCAGUUCUUUUUCUCUGUUUUGAUUGGUCUGAUGCCAUACAACUUUCUCUGCUGUCAAACUGGUUGUUUGCUGUCUCAGUUAAAUUCAAUGGGAGACAUUUUUACCACAUCUACGAUGUUAAAAUUAGCAACUAUAGCAAUAAUAGCUAUGUUGCCUGCCUUUAUUGUGAAACGACUUAAUAAGAAGUACAGCAACAAAGAAAUGAAUAAGAAUGAAUGAUAAUUUUUAUCUCAAAAUGUUAUAUUUAAUAAUAAUGAUAUUAUAUAUUAUUUAUAUAUUAUAUUAUUAGCAAUUUUUUGCAUAGGCCGAAGCUAAUAAACGUGUAGGUUUUACGCUUUCGCGUCCACGCUACUUAUGUAAUUUUUCGGGAUUGUCCGAAGAAUAAUAAAUACAAAAAAAUCCGUCCACAACGAAAAUUUAAAUUUUUAAUUGAAUUCAAUCAAACCGUAAAUUUAAGUGUGGUGAGAAUUUAAGAUUUUUUCAAUGGAAAAAGUUACCAUGAUAAUUUUCUUUAUUAAUAUAAUUUAUUAUUAUUAUAUUUACGCCAGUAUUGCGUUCGCGGGAAGCGACUUGCGUUUGCCCAUUAUAUUCUUUUUCUUGAUAAUAAUAAUGACAAAACGUAGAAAUCAAGAAAUUGAAAUUUCACAAGGAAUUAUUUAUGAUGAAUUGAUGUCAAACUAUAAUUCAAUCCAUAAAUAAAAUUUGAAUUUUGUUAUA